AUGAAUUCCACGGCCCUUCCCACCCGACCCACUCCGCGCUCCGCAAACCCCCCGCCGCUCCCGCUGCCGCCGGGCCGCCUCACCGCCGGAGGUGAAGUAGAACACCAUGGCGGCCGCCGCUGGAGCUCCCGGGGCUCUUCUGGAGCUCCCGGUCCGCCCUUUUCCUCCCGCUCCGGCGCUCCGCCGGCUCCGCCUGACGAGGGGGGGGCUCGAGCCGGGGGGCGUGGCCUCCCUCGGCGCCUGCGCGCGCGCACGCGCGGUGGGGGCGCUGAGGCCGAACGGGGGCUGCGCGUGCGCCAGGGCGCCAAAGGCGCUCCGCGCAUGCGCGGGAGGGCGGUGUCCAGCGAGGCCGAGGCCCCCGGAACCCCCGGAAACGGAGCCGGGGCUCCCCCAGCUGCCAGGGGAACGGAUCCGAGCCUUUCCCCAGGGGCCUUCCCCUCCCAGAAACCCGGGAACAAGUGGUUUGCCUCCCGGAUCCCGUGCUCUCCCAGCUCUGGGGACGAGACGAAGGAGAACGAGGGUUUUCCAGUGAAAACGGGGAUUCCCAGGAGGUUGGAGAUCUCGCUCCAGGCGGAACAUCCCGGGAAGUCAUCCCUCCAGACCUCCUCCCAGCCCCACGUGCCCGUGGGCUCUUUUUAUGGCAGGAAGCACUACCUGGACCCCGUGGAGAGGAGGAAGCUCCAGGAGAUCCAGGUUUCGGGAGCGAGGAGCGGGGCCGGGAAUGUCCCGGCUCCGGGCGGGAUGGGGAACAGCGGCGGGAAUCGGGGCGGGAAUCGGGGCAGGAAUCCAAAGCCCAAGGUGGCCAAAACACCCCCCAACCCAACGUGGCCAGAGUGUCCGAAACCGAAGAAAGCCAAGGGAGAGAUCCCGGGGGAAAGGCGAGCGCGGAGCGGGAAGCCGGGAAUCGCCUCGCGGAAAAAGAUGGAUUCUCCCUUCCGGGUGCUGAGCAUGAAGGUGAAACCGGCCCUGAAGCUCCGGCUGGGAGCGGCUUUUUUCGCUGCCGGGAAGAAAUCCCACUCCAGGAAAAACCGGGAGACCCCAGGGCUCUCAGGCCCUUCCCAAAUCCCCGCCGGAGGACGAGGAGCCGGCGGGAAACGCGGAGCCGGCGGGCGGAGGAGGAACCCCCCGGAGGAGAGGGGGGCGAGGGGAAGGAUUCCCGAGCCCCGGGAGGACGGGGAGAGCUCCGGGAAUCCGGGAGAGUCGGGACACGGAGGAGAAGCGUCCACAGAAAACUGGGAAUGUGUCCCAGAAAACUGGGACGGUGAAGUCACGGACCAGACACGGCAAAACUGCUCCCAGACUGGCCUUGAUUUCGGGGACUUUUCCGGGAUUUCGACACUUGUUUUGCCGGAACGGCCCCGGCCGGGCCUGGAGCUGCUGAUCCUGGGCACGGACACGGCUCCGGGGGGUGGGAAAGGAUCCAACCGUUGUCCCAACUCGGAUCCCGGUUUUCUGUUGUCCCUAAAAGGCCUCGUGCUCUUUUCCAGGGUGCUGAUGGGAUCAGCUCCUCUCCAGGCUGGGAAUCCCGGGAUUGUGUCGUCCUCUCCAGCCAAUCUCCCCCAGAGGGAGCAAACAGGCUUUCCCUCCCAAGCCGUGGUGUAUCCCAUAUUCUCUGCAGCCCUGGCCAGCAGGAAGAGGCCGCUGGAUGAGAUUCCACCUCCAUUUGGGAGCAGCCCACCUGGAAAAGUCCCUCACACCUCCCAGAAAAGCAGGAAGGCCAAGGAGCUCUGCAGGCGUUCCGGGGAUCAGCUGAUCAUUGACGCGGGGCAGAAGCACUUUGGAGCCAUCGUUUGCAAAUCCUGCGGGAUGAUCUACUCGGCCGCCAGCCCGGAGGACGAGGCCCAGCACAUCCAGCACCACGAGAGGUUCCUGGAGGGGCUCAGAUACGUGGGCUGGAAGAAGGAGCGAGUUGUGGCGGAGUUCUGGGAUGGGAAGAUCGUGCUGAUCCUUCCGUCUGACCAAUACGCCGUCAAGAAGGCGGAGGAGGUGCGGGAGAUCGUGGACAACGAGCUGGGAUUCCAGCAGGUGUCCCUGGGCUGCCCGGCCCAGAGCAGGACCUACCUGUUCGUGUGCGACGGGAGGAUGGUCGUGGGCUGUCUGCUGGCCGAGCCCAUCAAACAGGCGUUCCGGGUGCUGUCGGAUCCGUCGCCGUGUCCCAGCCCGGAUUCCCAGCCGGGAAUUGCCCGGGCCUGGCGCUGCUCUGCGGAUCCGGAGCCGGCCGUGUGCGGGAUCAGCCGGAUCUGGGUGUUGGGAACGCGGCGCCGCUGCGGCGUCGCCCGGCGCCUGCUGGACACGCUCAGGAGCACAUUCCUGUUCGGCACCGUGCUGAGUUCCCGGGAAAUCGCCUUUUCCGACCCCACUCCCCACGGGAAGCUCUUGGCCACCAGCUACUGCCAGACCCCCAACUUCCUGGUCUACAACUUCUCCUCCAAGUAGGCCCGGCUUGGUUAAGCCCAGCUGGAGUUCAUCCCUGUCUUUAGUUCCUGCUGAGCUCCGGGACAUUCCCGGCGUUCCCAGAAUUCCCGGCGUUCCCAGAAUUCCCACGAACGUCACUUUGUGUACAGAGUGGAGCAGACUGGAGUGGAAACCUCCGGAAUUCCCCCCGGGGUUUGUGCCGGAGCUUUGGCCGGUCCGGGAGGGGAUUUUAGGGCAAAUAAGUUAAUUUUUUGGGGGGAGUUUGGGAUAAUUUUGGGGGGAGUUUGGG